AUGAUGGGGCUGGACUUGGUACAAGAGCAUCAUGAACGUAGCUCUCACUUGGACGAGAGUCUAGGCCGUUACUCGGCGUAUACCAUCCGUCUCAAGACCAUCAUUGCUACAGGGUCUCGGUACAUUGCGUAUUCGUCGGACAUUGGGGAGGCCUUUCGACCGCUCACGCGGCCCAAUGUCGUGCGUGCUGCAUACGGUAUCAGCUGGGCCUACAUUUUUGCGGACGUAGGCUAUACGUGCUGGAAGGCCAAUGACGAGCUGGACAAGACGUCGCCGUCCAAGUACAUGGACUUGGGGUGGAUUGCAGCGCGUCGUGCGGUCUUCCAAACGCUCGCCUCGUUGGUCUUGCCCGCUGUGACGAUCCACAGUGUAGUGAAGUACUCGGCCCCGUUGUUUGCUCGGCAUGCCUCGAAACAUGUGCGUGCGUUCGGGCCCACGUUGGCAGGCUUGCUCGCGGUACCGCUUCUGCCGAUCAUGUUUGACCAUCCUGUGGAGCAUGCUGUCGACACGGUAUUUGAUGAGAUUGAGUACCGCCUGGCUUCCCUGAUGGGCAACACAGAUGCCAAGAAAGUCAAGGAUAUGAACAAGCUUACGAACGAAUACUCUGUCUCCUCGGUGACGGAGUCAGAGAGCUCUUCAUCGCCUCUGUUCGCCAAACUGGCUGUCCUCGGUCUCGGUGUCGAUCUUGUGUACCUUCCGCGCCUUCGUCAGCUGCACUUGGCACGUCGUAUUCUUGCGCCCAGUGAGGCCAUGCAUUUCCAGACUGUAUCGCCCACCAUGGCCCAGGACGACUGUUUACGUUUUCUCGCGACGAGAUGGACCUGCAAAGAAGCAACAUACAAAGCCGUAUACCCGCACCUUGCUCUACGUGCCACCGAUAUUGCAGUGCACAAAGACGGAGGUGCGAAGCCGACCAUUGUCCUGGAGCGGCCCACACAGCAAUACCACAGUGCCUCGGGGAGAAACGUGUCGGACCUCGUAGCCCGUCUGCGUUUCCACGCGAGCGUCUCGCAUGACGGCGACUAUGUAAUGGCGUCUGUCCUAGCUGAAGACCCUUCAGCUGCAUAG